CACGCCGCAAACAACUCCUUCGACAUCACCCACAACAACGACAAUGUCUUCUGAUUACGAUUACUCCGACGACGAGGACGCUUUCUACGAUGAUGAGGACAUGAUCAGUACUGGUGAUGAUGGUUCAGCACCCAGCGAUGAUGACAUGGACAUGGAGUUCGCGGAUGACUUUAAAGUCCCUCAACAUUCGCCCCGCAAGGCGUAUGAAAUCGAACAUGAAUCACUCUCCCAGCAAGCAAUUGAGAAGCUCUCGGCUGCUGAUGUGGACCAUAUAUCAAGCAUAUUCGGCGUCGAUGAAAGUACAGCUUCCUUAUUGCUGCGUAACAUGAAUUGGAAUAAGGAACGCCUCAUCGAGAAGUACAUGGACAAUGCAUCCUCCGUUUCUGUCGCGGCUGGUGUAUCGACCCCUUCCCGCGCCUCCCCCUCUGUAACGGGUCCUGCACCCAUCCGCUCAUCAGGCAGCCGUCGCAGAACAACUCGGCUGACACCAGUUCCCAAACCCGAACCUUGGGUUUGCCCCAUUUGUUUCGACGACUCUCAAACGUCAUUCCUCUCACUAUCAUGCGACCAUUCCUUCUGUGCAGGCUGCUGGACAGCAUAUAUAACCUCCAAGAUUCGUGAGGAGGGCGAGCAUGCUAUCCGUUGCAUGGCUGAAGGCUGUGCACUUGUUGCACCUGACCCCUUCAUUAUGUCUACUUUAGAGAAAUAUGGUGAGGAUGAAGAUGGACGGACUCGUGAGCGAUUCCAGGAAUUGCUCGUUCGGCACUUUGUCGGUGCUAACACACACCUGAAAUAUUGUCCUUACCCAUCAUGCACUUACACCGUCUCGUGCCCUUCUGCUUCCUCCCGUUCAUCCCUCACAACUAUGGUGCCAACCGUCAGUUGCGGUGCAAAUCAUAAGUUCUGCUUUGGGUGUUCUAUCGACAGUGACCAUCGCCCAGUCAUUUGUCCCGUCGCCAAGAUGUGGUUGAAGAAGUGUAGGGAUGACAGUGAAACUGCAAAUUGGAUCAAGAGUAACACAAAGGAAUGUAGUAAGUGCCAGAGUACUAUAGAGAAAAACGGUGGUUGCAACCACAUGACUUGCAAGAAAUGCAAGUAUGAAUUCUGCUGGGUGUGCAUGGGCCCCUGGUCUGAACACGGCACAGCGUGGUAUUCGUGCAAUCGCUACGAUGAGAAGGCCGGUGUGGACGCCCGUGAUGCGCAGUCCAAGUCCCGUGCUUCCCUGGAGCGUUACCUCCACUACUACAACCGGUGGGCGAAUCAUGAGCAGUCCGCAAAACUAUCUGUCGAGAUGUACAAUAAGACCGAGAAGAAGAUGGAGGAGAUGCAAAUAACGUCCUCGCUCACUUGGAUUGAGGUGCAAUUCAUGAAGCGUGCUGUAGAAGAGGCAGAACGAUGUCGCGCCACGCUAAAAUGGACGUACGCAAUGGCGUUUUAUCUGGACAAGGGAAAUGAGAAAGAACUGUUCGAGGAUAAUCAGAGGGAUCUGGAAAAAGCGGUCGAGGAUUUAUCGGAGCUGCUUGAAUCACCAAUUGAUCCAGAAACAAUCUCGACUUUGCGGCAGAAGGUGACUGAUAAGACGGUCUAUGUCGCGAAACGCAACGAGAUACUAUUGGAGGAUACUUCAAAUGGUUUUGCGGAAGGGCGCUGGAAGUGGAAUAUUGCGGUAGAGGGGUUUGAGUAGAUGCCAGCCAUUCUUCCCUGACACUGAGAUUGCGCACUACAAUUUCCCCUACUUGCACCUCUCCAACUUAGCACAAUUUCAUCAUUCCCCUUCCACACUUGCCCUACCUUUAAGAUAUCCAACAUCGUUAAAUCACUGUAUUUCUUGGACAUUAUCUGGACUUUAAUGGAGGGUCCAGCGACGAUAGUUGAGGUUAUCCCCGUUCAAAGUUUUCAGAUAACUCCUGAAGUCAAGCCUCGUGCACUUGAAUUCAAUACCGUUCGGUACUG